AUGCAUACAACACAACUAUUGGAAUGUUGUCCACGAAAUUCGCAUAUCGAUGAAUUUGUCGAUAGUGCUAUAAGUGUCAGUAAACGAUCAAAUGCUUCGAGACAAUUUAACUCUGAUAGCAAUAUUCGUCAACGAAUCAAUCCAAAGAAUGAUAAUACCGAAACAAAUCUGAUGCAAUCAUUAUUAUCAGUUGAUUCAACAACUAUAAAUGAUGAUAUUUCCGUAUUGCCAACUGAUCAAUCGGACAGUAUUCAAUUGCGGCUACAAAGGAAUUUAAGAAAUUUAAAACAAUCAAAAUUUUUUGAAAUAUUUUAUCGAUGGUGUUGCUAUGGUACCUACUUACUAUGGUUUACUAUUGGUAUUUUGGCAAUUCGAAAAACUCUAAAUGCUACAACAGCUGUACGAUAUGUUAAAGAACAUAGUCAUACCGUAUCAGAAGAAGCUAUUGCUAGUUCUAGUACUUUUCAAAAAUUAUUAUGGUCAUUGGAUCAUGAAUUUCAAAAACCACCAGCUAUUUUCCUCCUCAAUCAACAUGCUCUCAAUAUGACUUUUAAUUUUUUAUGUAAUACGCGUGAUAUGAAUGGUGUUCAUGAAAG